GCUUUGGCGCAAAACAUUCAGUCUGGCCAUUUAUCAUAAAUUUCGUGUGAUUAUAUAAAAAUACAAGAAUGCCCCGGUCUAAAAAAGGAACGUUCGUGAAAGCUUCGUUCCUCCGGAGACUUGAGGGUCUAAGGAGAGCAAGAGAAGCCCGUGCGUUAAAAGGUAAACAGGAUGUUGAAAAUGAUGGCCUAUGCUUGGAGAAUGAUUCUUCCCCUGUUCUACGAAGUGUUGAGUGUCAAAGUGCAGAAAGUUCAUGGCGUGUUGGAAGACGAAUUGUUGAACUUGGCACUCUUGUAGAUAAUCUGAAAAGAGGUUGCGCCAUGUGUGGGAAUGCACUUCAGCUUGUUAACACUAUAGGUGAAAGGAAAUUUGGACUAGGGCAGGUUCUUCAGAUAAAAUGCACACAUUCCACCUGUGCCCAUGUUAAUGACAUACCCACGGGCAGUAAGCAUAGGGUUAAAGCAGAUAUGAAGCAAUAUGCUUGGGAUGUCAACACAAAACUUGCUGCAGGUAUGCUAAAUGGUGGUUAUGGAAUAACUCAUGUAAAUGCAUUACUGGCUGCACUGAAUAUCCCAGGGAUCACAAACAGGAGUCUAAAAAGCAGAGAAAGAGAGGUUGGGGAACACCUAGAGGAAAUGGCAGGGCAGAGUUGUAAUAAAGUUCUUCAAGAAGAAAUGAAACUGAGUGAUGGAGACAUCACUGUGUCUUUUGAUGGUGCCUGGCAGAAGAGAGGUACUGGUAGAGGAUACAAUAGUCUUACUGGUCAUGCAUCUCUAGUAGGAGAAAAAACUAAAAAGAUAGUAAGUUUCUCUUCGAAGAGUAAAAAAUGCAGAAUCUGCUCAGCUGCAUCAGGUAAAGGAGUUCCACCCAGAAAACACAACUGCCGAAGGAAUUGGCAUGGAUCGGCAAAGGCAAUGGAGCCAGCCAUGGCCUGUGAAAUGCUGAGUGCAAUCCAAGAUGAAGGGUGCAAGAUAGGAACUUUAGUCAUGGACAAUGACUCAACAACUAUUGCCCAUGUAAAAGCCACUGUGGACCCAACCAUUAACAAAAGAGCUGACAAAAACCACACAAAAAAAGGUUUCACAGGAGCUUUGAUUGAGCUUGCCAAUACUCACAAAGUUUUGAAAAAUCAAAAACUUAGAGGUCACAUUGAAAGGUUUGUGUUUUUGAAGUGUGAACCCGAAUACUGUGGAACUUGGUGCCAGAGUAAAAAGACUGACUAUAAACCACGAAAUUUGCCGUAUGGAAAGCCUCUCUCCUGCACCUUACUUCGAGAAGCUUUAGAAGGUCUAUUCAAAAAGUAUUGCUGUAAGGCAGAAGAGCUAGCCAUGAUGGGGUCCACCCAAGUCAAUGAGAAUUUCAACCAUAUGGUCUCCACUAAAGCCCCCAAAAGAUUGUUUUAUGGAGGUUCAGAAAGUCUACAUGCUAGACUCUCAGCCACUGUAUGUCAAAAGAAUAUGGGUUAUGGUUACAUAUCAGAGUUGAACAAGAAAAUGGCAUUGUCACCAGGCAAUUUCACAAUGAAACAUACCAUUAGACUUGCCAACAAGCUCAAACGGAAGCGUCUGAUGCAGAGUUUACCCACCACAAAGAAACGUCGAUUGGAAUUAAAAGCUGCCAGGUUGUCUAAAGAAGCAGCGAGGAAUGUACUAGAAGAGCCUCUUAGGAUUUCUCCAGAGAGCAGCUGCUUGAUGUAUUUUGAUUUAGAAACUACUGGACUUAGUAGAACAUCUGACAUCAUACAGAUUGCUGCAGUUUGUGAAGAUAGGUCAAUCAAUGUUUAUCUCAACCCCAGUGUACCAAUCUGUAAAGAAGCAUCGGCUGCAACAGGUCUCAGAUAUGACAUGGGACAGCUCACUCUUUAUGGAGAGCCUGUGCCUUCAACAGAUCAAGUCAGUGGUUUGACCCAGUUUGUAGACUUUACAACAGAUUGUGCUUCAAAACCAGUCAUUGUGGGCCAUAAUAUUCAAAACUUUGAUCUUCCAAUUCUUCAAUAUCACUUGCAGCGACAUGGUCUACUUAAACGAUUUGAUGAAUAUGUUUUAGGUUUUUUGGAUACAUACAAACUUGCACAGAAAGUGUUUGACAAGAAAACAAUGGGAAAUUUUAAACAAGAAACAUUGGUCAGAUUGUGUUUAGGGAAAAGUUACGAUGCACACAAUGCUCUAGCUGAUGUUUGUAGUUUACGAGAACUGUACGAGUCAAAUUUAGCAUUCAAAUGUGAAUCUUCAGAUAUAUUUAAUAUGAAUUAUUAUAAUGUCAAGUCCUCACUAGUUCCAUUGAUACAAAGCAAAGUAAUUUCUACACUGAUCUCUAAAAGGCUUACAGCUAACAAUCUAAGCUUAAACAAGCUAAAACUCAUACAUAAGCGUGACCCCCAUUGUGGGAUUCAGACUGUCUUUAGUGAGGUUGUGUCUGGUUCAAAGACACCAAGAAUUACGAAGUCUCAGAAGAUCAUUGGCAAAGUUGUGGAGUAUUUGAACUCUUGUUAGUUCACAUCAUAAGUAUUUUCAUUCAACAAAAUUAUUUGUUUAUGAGCUAUACUUGCUAGAAUCUACAUGUAUGUUUGUUACACUACAUUUAUUCUCUUUAUAUGUAUUAGAUUAUAAAUUGUUAAGAAUGUGUACUUGUAUGUAAAAAAAAAUUGUGAAAAAAGGAAGGGGUUGCCCCCCCCCCCACCCACCAUCACCCUACCCCUUAUGUUCUAAGUGUCUAGAAGGACCAAAAUUUCAGUAUUUUUUAAUAUUCCAUUUGUAUUUCAUUCUAAGACUGUAUUUGUUUGUUACAUUUUGAUAUUUUUCACAGUGUGUAAAAUAUAACUGUAAAACAUGCUAUUACCAAAGUGGGGGUAGGGGUAUUCGAGAUAUGAUUUAAUAAAAUAUCUCUGGUCUACUAUGAUAAAAUAUGUUUUUUUGUUAACCUUAGAUAUAAUUUUAGAUAUUUUUAAAGAAAAAAUGGCAUGUUAACAAUAUAAAUUUUGGGACUUUUGAAAAUAAUGAUAUUUUGUGAUUUUUUUUCUGAUGGAUUUGAGCAGUAUAAAUGUUAAAUGUGCAUGUUUUCAAUUGAAUAUCUCGAAAAAUUCUCUUUGUAGUUAAUUAUCUAUUAGAUUUAAUGAAUUAUAGCACAAUACAGUGUGCUUUGGUGCAUAUUUGAAUAAAAUAUGAAAUUAUACAUCCUUGUGUUAGAAUUUGGCUGUUGAAGUUGGGGGUAUAUGUGCUCUAUAGCACAUAGUAUGAAAAUAAGCGUGCAAAGGUAUGUGUAAUAUGGGUUUUUUUGUUGGCUCAAGAGUUGUUUAAGAUAUUUAAAUGAAAAAAUAAAUUGUU